AUGGAAAUCGUGAACUGCGUGCUUCCGAAGAAAAAAGCUAGUAUGCGUCUCUCAAAGCCAAAACGACGCACGACGAAGUUCACUGAGGUUCAAAAGAAAGCCCUUAAUGCGAUUUUCGAAGUCACUGAAAAGCCGUCACGUGAAACGAUACAGAUGAUUUCGGAGCAUUUGCAGUUGGAGUUUAAAACGGUUUUGAACUAUUUCAACCGCAACCGCCAACGCCAACUAGACCUCCAACGCCAACAGAUUCAGUUUCAAGUUGGUCCAAUGCUCUAG